CGGCGUGCGCGCUCCCGCGGGAGGCGGGGUCUGUGCACGGACGGACGGCGAUGGCAGCGCUGUGCAGAGCCGCCGUGGCCUCGCUCUGUGCCCCCCGUACCCUGCCUUCUGCAUUGGCUGCAGUCAGGGCGAGCAGCGCAGGGGCCCAGUAUCAACAUAUCCUGGUGGGAAAGAAGGGCGAGAAGGAGAAUGUGGGCUUCAUUCAGCUGAAUCGGACGAAAGCUUUGAACGCGUUGUGCGACGCACUCAUGAGAGAACUCGGUCAGGCACUGGAUGAGUUUGAAAAUGACCCUGCGGUUGGAGCCAUUGUCCUCACAGGAAGUGAAAAGGCUUUUGCAGCUGGUGCUGAUAUCAAGGAGAUGGAGAGCAAAACGUUCCAGGAGUGCUAUGCUGGGAACUUCCUUUCCCACUGGAACCGUGUGGCCACAGCCAAAAAGCCUGUGAUUGCUGCUGUCAACGGCUAUGCUCUUGGAGGAGGCUGUGAACUGGCCAUGAUGUGUGACAUCAUCUACGCGGGUGACAAGGCACAGUUUGGACAACCCGAAAUCCUGUUGGGAACAAUUCCUGGUGCCGGGGGAACACAGCGAUUGACUAGAGCGGUAGGGAAGUCGCUGGCGAUGGAAAUGGUUCUCACUGGAGACCGGAUUUCUGCUCAGGAGGCCAAAGCAAACGGGCUUGUUAGCAAAGUAUAUCCAGCAUCUCAAGUGGUGGAUGAAGCCAUCAGAUGUGGAGAGAAGAUAGCGUCCAACUCUAAACUCAUCACAGCAAUGGCAAAGGAGGCAGUCAAUGGUGCUUUUGAAUUAACGUUAGCGGAAGGAAACCGAUUAGAAAAGCAUUUGUUUCAUGCAACCUUUUCCACUAUCGAUCGAAAAGAAGGAAUGAGCGCAUUUGUUGCAAAGCGGAAGGCUAACUUCACCGACCAGUGAAUGUAUUAGUGAAUCCUGAAUUGUCGCUGGAAAUUGAAUAGAUUAGAGUUGAAGUAAUGAAAAUGUGGAGUACUAUAUCCAUAAUAACGUUUCCUCAUUUCAAAUAAAUACUUAAUUUCUAAUACUUA